UUAUAUUACUAUUAUAUUACUAUAAUAAUACUAUUAUAUCACUUACUUCUACUCACUAUGAACAUCUCCAACUUCAUCAACGGCUCUCACUCUUCCCCCUCCUCCUCCCCUUCUUUCUCCUCCAUCAACCCCCAGACAAACGAGUUUAUCGCUUCCAUCCCCCUCAGCUCCUCCCAAGAAAUCGACCUCGCCGUCCAGGCCGCCCACGCUGCCUUCCCCCGCUGGUCCGCCACGUCUCGCGCCCAGCGAUCCGCGUAUCUGACUGCCAUCGCUGACGCCAUCCACGCCCGCCAUGAAGAGUUUGCUGUCUGGGAGAGCCGCGACCAGGGCAAGACACUGGCGCGCGCGAGGGUGGAAGUCGACCGGGCGAUUGCCAACUUCCGCUACUUCGCCACGUUUAUCCUGCAUGAAACUUCUACUGCGCGGUUCACCCCGGACGAGCGCGUUCUCACGUACGAACACCGCUCGGCGCGAGGCGUAUUCGCCUUGAUUUCACCGUGGAACAUGCCUCUUUACCUUCUUACGUGGAAGAUCGCGCCGUGUCUUGCGUUUGGGUGUACGGGGGUAGCUAAACCGAGUGAAUUGACCAGCAUUACAGCAUACUUACUCUCGGAAAUAUUCGUUCAAGUCCGUCUCCCCCCCGGAGUGAUGAAUAUCGUGUACGGCGAUGGAAGCACAGGCGCCGACCUGGUGCGACACGGCUUCAUACAAGGCAUCUCCUUCACAGGAGGCACCCAGACGGGAAUCCGCAUCCGACAAGACACAGCAGCAGACAUACAAAAACAUCUCUCGCUGGAACUUGGAGGGAAGAACGCAACGAUUGUGUUUGACGAUGCAGAUCUCGACGCGGCAGUGGACGUGGCUGCCAAAGCGGCUUUUGAGAACCAGGGAGAGAUAUGCCUGUGUGGAUCACGAAUCUACAUCCACCAAAGCAUAUAUCACCAGUUUGUGUCGAAAUUCGUUGAACAUGUCUCGAGAACAUACAUUCCAGGAGACACUCUCGGGGCUGUCAUUUCUCUCGCUCAUUAUAACAAGAUCCGGUCGUAUCUCACUCUGGCAAAACAGGAAGAUUUCCUCCUUGGAGGUGUUCCCCCUGAGAAUCCUACGAAUGGGUACUGGAUUUCCCCUUGCAUUCUGAAAAACAAUGACAACCAGUCUCCCCUUUGUCAAGAGGAAAUCUUCGGUCCAGUAGUGACGGUCUCCCCCUUCGACACAGAAGAAGAGGCAGUCUCUCUCGCCAACGACAGUAAAUACGGCCUGGCAGCUAUUCUGUUGACAAAAGACGGGGCUCGCAUGCGCCGUGUUGGCGAACGACUGCAAGCCGGACUCGUCUGGGUGAAUUGCUGGCUUGUCAGGGAACUCGGCACGCCGUUUGGAGGGAUGAAGGCUUCGGGGGUGGGCAGAGAGGGGGGGAGUAUUCUAAAGAUGUGUUUUGUGUGGUUCGUGUUUUGCAUUGCCCUAUGUAGUAUGCGAUGCAUAGUAUGCGAAGCGAAUAUAUACUUACUAAAUAGAGAUAUAUAGUAUAGUAUAGUAU